AUGUUUCUAAAAUUCAACAGUAGCAUCCCAUACUGGAAUGAUAAGGAUGAAAUAAAAUAUCAUCCUCAUCAUUUAGUACAGAUAGGCAUCUGCAAGCAAGAAACCUAUCUGCCCAGCAAAGCCAUGGAAGAAAAGCUUGAGAGAGCCGAUAUCCUCCAGGUAGCAAAAUCUAGAAUUGAAAUCUUUAUCAAUAAGGUUUUUAGUUUUUCAGCGGAUGACAAGAUCUUCGUCAAUGGAUAUGAUGCCAAUGAGAAGACCUUAAUCUACAGCAAAUACAGCAAAGAGAUUUCUCCGGCCGAUGAACAACAAUUCUUAGCCUUCCAAAACUCCUUGCUAAAGCCAGACUUAAUCGGCGAACACGUGGCAGACAUCUGUAAGACGCUCCACAAAAGCACUAGCAGAUACACCUGUCAAUGCUUAACCAUCAAGGUGGCCUCCACUAUCGACAAUAAUAAUGGCAAAGCCAUUAUUAAAGAAGAUUCCUCCACAAGCUCCAUAUAA